CUCAGCUGAUUCUUUGGAAAGAAGCUCCGCUGAAUUUUCCUCUUUUGCUCCCAUUUCUUUUUUUUUUCUUCCUCGCCUUCACACAGUUUUUUAGGGUUCGCGACUUGAUUCGGAUCGAGAACACCAAGAAGAAGAAGAAGAAGAAGAAGCCAAAUCAAUCAUGUCAAGGCAAGUCGCAAGGCUUAUCGGAUCUCUCUCAUCGAAAGCUCGCGGCGGCUCGGAGGUUUUCCCGUCAUGCCAGUCUCUCACUUCGUUGACCCAAUCUCGCUCUUUCGCGUCGGAUCCUCAUCCUCCUGCGGCUGUCUUCGUUGACAAAAACACACGUGUCCUCUGUCAAGGCAUCACCGGGAAGAACGGCACUUUCCACACUGAACAAGCCAUUGAGUACGGCACCAAAAUGGUUGCAGGAGUGACACCAAAGAAGGGUGGAACUGAACACUUAGGUCUCCCUGUUUUCAACUCUGUUGCUGAAGCUAAGGCUGAGACCAAAGCCAAUGCCUCUGUGAUUUAUGUGCCUGCUCCUUUUGCUGCUGCUGCUAUUAUGGAGGGUAUUGAGGCUGAGUUAGAUCUUAUUGUGUGUAUUACCGAAGGAAUCCCUCAACAUGACAUGGUACGUGUAAAGCAUGCUCUUAACGGUCAAUCAAAAACUAGGCUGAUUGGUCCAAACUGCCCUGGGAUUAUCAAGCCUGGUGAAUGCAAGAUUGGAAUUAUGCCUGGAUACAUCCACAAGCCUGGCAAGAUUGGAAUUGUCUCGCGAUCUGGAACCUUGACAUAUGAAGCUGUUUUCCAAACAACUGCAGUGGGUCUAGGCCAGUCUACUUGUGUAGGAAUUGGUGGGGAUCCCUUUAACGGGACAAACUUUGUUGACUGCCUGGAGAAAUUCUUUGUUGAUCCUCAAACAGAAGGUAUUGUUCUCAUUGGAGAGAUCGGAGGCACUGCAGAAGAAGAUGCUGCAGCAUUGAUAAAGGCGAGUGGUACUGAGAAGCCUGUUGUUGCUUUUAUUGCUGGACUUACUGCACCACCUGGUCGUCGAAUGGGUCAUGCUGGAGCCAUUGUUUCCGGUGGUAAAGGUACGGCUCAGGACAAAAUUAAGAGUUUGAAUGAUGCCGGAGUGAAGGUUGUUGAAUCUCCAGCUAAGAUUGGAUCGGCGAUGUAUGAGCUCUUUCAAGAAAGAGGUCUUUUGAAGCAGUGAAGUGAAUUUCACUAGCUCUCGCUUCUUUUUUUUUCUUUCCCAUUUUGAAACCUACAAGAAAAAAGAAAAGAAAACCCUAAUUCCACGCCAUUGAUGGCUGUACACUCUUUUGGGGUUUGUUUUGCUAAAUUGAGAUGAUUUUUUUUUCCAAUUGAAGAAGAGUGAUAAUCAAAAGAUUUGACAAUGA